AUGUUAAACCAAACUAGAAAUUUAGUUGGUGAAAACAAUCCAAAGGUUCAAUUGUUAAAUAAAUCAAUUGAAGAAUUAGAGUUACCUGAAAAUUCAGUUGAUGUAGUUGUAUCCUCCUAUACAAUUCAUAACAUAGUUGAUUAUUCAGGAUUGGUAUCAAAAAUUAAAGAAAUUUUGAAACCAGAUGGAGAAUUCAUUUUCUUGGUUAUUCAUCCAAUUUAUACUGCAGGAGUUGAACAUCAAUGGGUUCAAUUAAAUAAUGAAAAAGCUUGGUGUAUUAAAAACUACAAUGUCGAAGGAAUUAGAGUUGAACAAACAUCUUUUAUGAUCAAGAAUUUUAAGUUUUGUCAUAGGCCAAUUUUACAUACUAUUAUGUCAGAUACUUUAUUCACAGUAUGUUAA